ACUAAGCAACCCACUUUCAAACUUGUAUAUAAAAGCCACAAACUUUCAUUUCUAGCACCCAACAAACUCAGAAAAACUUCAUACAGAAAAAACUAGCCUUCAGACCUAGCUCUCUUUUGUAUUUUAAGUGCUAAAUGGUACUCUUGGUAGCAAAGAUUAGCAAGUUAUACUCCAAACUGGAGAAUCAUCAUCACCACCACCGUGGCCGCCCGCAGUCGGAAGCCUUCUCAGCUUCUUUACAGGCGUUUCGAUCCGAUGUUUCGAGUUCUAUAACUCGAUUGUUAUUGAAUUCAAAGCCUGGAGGGUUGGAAAUUAUGUCCUUGGAAUGGAUUCAGGAAUGUUUUCAGGUGUUGCCCUUUAUCAACAAAGCUUUUGCAAAGCUAGUUGUGGAGAUAGACUACCAUAUGAGUGAAUGGAAGGCCAAAUCCAUGGAAGCAUAUCUCAAGUAUAGCUUAGACUUAUUGGAUCUUCUCAACUCCAUUAGUUCUUCUCUUUCUUAUCUGGGACAAAUUCGACUUGCUCUCUCUCAUGCUUUAAGCCUUGUGGAAAGUUCACCUUCUUCGGGGAUUGAGCGUCUAGAGGCGAUCGAGUUAAAGAGACUGGGAGGUAACGAGUUUAAACAUAAAGAAAAGAAGGAAGAUGAGAAAGAAACAUCUAGCUCAGACAAAGAAGAGGUUGUUUUUCAAGCCCUGAUGGAAUUAAGGGGCGUAGGAUUAUGGUUAUGCAGUAUUGUAUUGGCUGGUUUGAGUGGGGAUGCAAAGGUAUUCUUGGAGAUGAGAAAAUCAGAUGGGGUAUUGUCUAACCCUUCUUUGCUCAAUCUGGAUUCAAGUAUUUGUGGUGUUGUGAUGGAGAAAGGAUGUGUGUUAAAGGAUGUAAAAGAGCUUAAAGAUUCAGCUGCUUUCCUUGCUGCUGCUAUAGCUGGUAAGAACAGCAGUGAUGCAGCAGAGGAACUGCGGAGAAAAAUGGAGGUGUUUGAGAAGAUGCUGGAUGGUUUGGGAAAGGAGGUGAAUCUAUUCUUUUCCGAAGUAUUAGCUUGGAGAAAUGAAUUGCUUGAUGGUAUUAGAUUUCGGAAGUAGUAACAAGGUUUAUAAGUUUAUAUGUAUUGUUUGUUCUUAAUUUUGUUGUAUAUAGAGUUACUUCAAUUUUAUUUUAUAGCAAUUAUAGGAUCUUUUGUAAAGCUGCAAAGAAAAUUUUUAAGAUAUAAAUACAUGGUUGAUCA